AUGAUGAAAGAGCCGGCAGUCAUCGAUCAGCCUGAUGCAGAAGAUGGGCGCAAGGAUGGGGGAGAUUCCCUUGCUGAAUCAGAUGUGACCUUAUCGUCCACGGAAGCUGCACCAGAGGAGCGCAAUGACGCUCAGGCGGGCGGUUUACGCCAGUGGGCGACGGUCAUUUUGGGUCUUCUGGUGACUCUGCUGUUCUCCGGACCUAUCUUUGGUUGGGCGUCUUGGCAGCCGAUGCUAGAGGAAGAUGGUGUCUACCGUGACCUUUGCGACAGCUCGGAGCCGCUCUGUGAGGCCAGAAGCAGCCGCAUGGUCCUUCUGUACACCGUCGGACAGAUGGCAGCGACCAUGGGAUUGGCGGUGGUUAGCUUCUUGACAGACCGAGCCGGGCCGCUUUUCCUGGUAGUGGCUGGGGGGCUGCUGGCUUCGGCAGGGCUGCUGGUCAUGGGCCAGGGCGGCUCCGAGCUAAGCACUGGGCCGGCAGAUGUAGUGGACGUCCUGCAGAUCGCUACAAUUUUAAUCGGUGCAGGAGGUGCUUGCUUGAUCAUGCAUGCCAUGAAGCUGGCCUUCCUUGUCCAAUCACGCUACUUCCCCAUUGUCAUGACUUUCGCCAACUGCCUCGUUGAUGCCUCUGCGGUGGUUCCGGUUGGCUUCUACCAAAGCUACCGCAUGGGCCUGUCCCGCUCCAGCAUCUUCGGAUUCUACGCAGCACUCUGCCUUGGCUCGACGGCCCUAUUGGCCCUGAGCUGGUGCGGGGCGCCGCUGCGAACUUUGGAGGCCUGCAAUGCGGCAGAGCUGCGGGCUGGGAAGGAGGUCGAGGCCGGUUCCUCGAAGCACCCGAGGCUUCACGGGCUUUCGGUGAGGCGCCAAUGUGCCAGUCUAGAGUUCGCCUUCAUCAUGGUGCUCUUCACGACGCAAGUGUUUACUUCAAACAGCUACUUGGGCUAUAACAAACUCUUGCUCGAGUCCCUUGGUGAUGCAGAAACGGACUAUGCUUACGUUCAAAUCUUCACUGCUCUACUUCCUGCCUCUGCGCUGCUUGCACCACUGUACAGCUUGCUUCUUUCCAAAAAAGGCUUUGCAACGACCUUUUUUGUAGUGAUCUUUCUUAACGUUACAUGGAACACAGUGGCUCUUGUGCCAUCCCUUCAGCUGCAGCUUAUGGGCUUUAUCGCCUUCACGAACUUCCGAGCCUUGCUUUUUUCGACGGCCUUUUCGUUUCUUGGGCACACGUUCGGGAAUCGAACGUUUGGCACCAUCAACGGAUUAUGCUCGCUGGUGACCGGAGGCCUCUCCUUCCUGAUUUGGCCAUGCACAGACCUAUCGCAGCGCUUCUUCGGAAGCGUCUCGGCCAUGAGCGCACUCCUGCUGACUCUGUGCUUGCCGCUGAUCCUGCUGAACUUCCGCUUGGCACAGUUCCUUCGGAAGCAUCCUGCAGGAGAUGUAUGCUCACAAUGA